AACAAUGUAGCGAUUGAGAGGAGGCGUUUCAUUCGCGUGUAACAAACAGAGGAGACGGAGCAGCACGCUGCACAGAUCACCACACAAAUUCACACACACACAUUAGCCGAAGAAAAACAACACUUUUACAACCACAAAGUUGCUUUUUGCUCGUUAAGACAAAGACAUUUUCAAAGAGUGAGCCGCAAAACGGGAUCUCCCUGCAGCCCGGGGGCUUUAGGAGUCUGCAAGGAAGUCAUCAUGUGAAAAAAAUAUAUUUGGUAUACGGACAAAAGGGCUGGAUUACAAGGAAAAACUGAAGUCUGAAAGGGUGUGAGCGGUAUGUCCGUGGAUGAGAAGUCUGAAGCUCCCAUGUACGUGUAUGAGUCGACGGUGCACUGUACCAACAUCCUGCUGGGUCUGAAUGAGCAGCGGAAGCAGGGCCUGCUCUGCGAUGUCACCGUGCUGGUGGAGGGGAAGGAGUUUCGCGCACACAGGGCUGUUUUGGCGGCCUGCAGCGAGUACUUCCUACAGGGGUUCGCCACCCAAAAUGACAAUGAACUGGUUCUCAGCAUGCCAGAAGAGGUCAGUGCCCGGGGAUUCGCUCCAUUGUUGCAGUUUGCCUACACGGCUAAGCUGCUGCUCAGCAGAGAAAACAUCCAGGAGGUCAUCCGCUGUGCCGAAUUCCUGGGCAUGCACAACCUGGAGGACUCUUGCUUUCGCUUCCUGGAGGCUCAGCUGCGUAGCGAGGAGGACGGCCUGCUUCUCGGUCGCAAGGUGGAGUCUGAAAGCAAUCACGUAGAGGAUGAGAGCAUGCAACCUGAGGCGCUGAUGACGGUGACGACUGCAGGGACGACGCCGUCAGGUUCUCCACGCUCUCGCAGUUGCACUGAGAACUCCUUACGGUGGCCAGACCACGAUCGGCUGGCAGUAGCUGACGAUUUAGCCGACGGACGGAUGGACUUUGAGCGGCAUGGCAAUUCGGACCUGCCACGAUGCCCUAAGUACAUGAAGUACCAGUGGGCAUGCAACAAGCACAACAACGACGCCUCCUCACACACCAGUACCUCAGGUUUUCCAAGCACAUUCAAGGACAUGGGCAGGCCGGCCGUGAAGCAAAUCAAGCAGGAACCACGCAGUGAGGAAGAGUCUAUCUCAGUUUGCCUGUCAGAGGAAGAAGAGGAUAGAAGGGAAAGUGACGAUGUGGCUGAGAUGGAGCUGGAUGGUUCUAUAGCAGUGGACCAACCAAAGGGGAGCAGACAAACUCUCUUCAAGAAGGACCUGGCUAGCACACCUCAACAGCUAUUUGCUAACAGACUCGCCAGUGCCCAGGACAAAGGAACCACUCAGGAAGACCACAAAAAAGAUCACAGGCCAUCGCUUGCCAGUGAGCUUGGCAUGCCUGUGGCAUUCCCCAAAGAUGCCGAUGGUUUCCCGCCAGGGCUCUCGCUAAAGUCGGCCUCCUGUGAUGGUGUGUGCAAGCAAGAGGUGGAGCUGGAUCGCCGCAGUGUCAUCUUUUCCUCAGGGGCCUGUGACCGGCUGGGUACACCCACCCACUCUCAACCCAGCGGGAACUCAUUGGAGAAGGAGCUCUCAGAACCCAUGCCAAAGGGAUUGUGGGCCGGUGCCAGCCAGUCCCUCCCCAGCUCCCAAACGUACUCCUCCAGCACCACAGCCAGCGACCCGCCCCUGCUAUGCCGCCAAAGGCCCAAUACCAGCUGCCCAGUGCCAAUCAAAGUAUGCCCACGAUCGCCUCCUUCAGAGACUCGCACCCGGACCUCAAGCUCCUGUUCGUCGUACUCCUACGCCGAGGACGGGAGCGGCGGCUCCCCCUGCAGCCUGCCACAGUUCGAGUUUUCGUCUUCACCUUGCCCCAACGUGACACGGUGUCCCACCGGCAAUUCGCAAGAGGCGGGCGGCGACACAGAUGCGAUAUUCGCCCGGGUGCGGCCCAAGAUAAAGUGUGAGCAGUCCUACGGAACCAAUUCCAGUGACGAAUCGGGGUCCUUUUCCGAGGGAGACAGCGAAUCAUGUCACAUGCGGGAACAAGGCCCUGAGGUCAAGCUUCCUUUCCCCGUCGAUCAAAUCACAAAUCUUCCACGCAACGAUUUCCAAAUGAUGGUCAAAAUGCACAAGCUGACCUCAGAGCAGCUGGAGUUCAUCCACGAUGUGCGCAGACGCAGCAAGAACCGCAUCGCUGCCCAGCGCUGUCGCAAGAGAAAACUCGAUUGCAUCCUCAACCUAGAGUGUGAAAUUCGCAAACUGGUAUGCGAGAAGGAAAAGCUCUUGACAGAGCGCAACCAGUUGAAGGCGUGCAUGGGAGAGUUAUGGGAGAAUUUCUCCUGCCUGUCUGAGGAGGUGUGUCGAGACGUGCAGCUGAGCCCAGAACAGGUCCAUCACUACUGCCCCAUCCUGCGUCCCGGCAACGCCACCUCAGUCAACCCUGGCAACCAGACCACUCCCGCCGGCAGCAUCGACCUCACCAUUUGCUCCACCCCUGAACCGAGCUUCCUCAAAUCGAGCACCGCGACGGACGGGCAACCACGACGGAGAUCCGCCAAGUGGAAGACCGGAAACGGGUCGGAAAAUGCAGCCGCUGAUAGGGAGGAGCGAGAGGCGGGCUCCGCCUACCUUGAGGCGGGGCUUUCCCUGGAACAGUCCAAUCAGACGGUGACAGUAGACUUCUGUCAGGAAAUGACAGAAAAGUGUACAACCGACGAACAGCCCAGAAAGGACUGUUAAUGACGGUGGAUUUCGUGUUUAUUUGUUCGUUUUAUGAUGUUUUUUUAUUAUUUAAUUUAGUGACAAACCCUCAAAACUCGAGGGCUGUGGAGAUGGCCAGCCUCUGCCAGUGUUUUUGUUGAAAUAUAUUUAUGUCUUUUUAUUAUGUCAUAUUUUUUUUAAACAAAGGUUGACACUACAGUUGUCUUAACAGCAGCAAUACUGUUCUCCAGGUUCUCCCUUGUUCAGCUGUGGCAGAGUGGCUGAGACCUUCUCUCAACUUCAGUAUGGUGCUACACCUUUCCAUGACAGUGAAACACUGUCUGUUUCCUAUUACAGUCCAUUCAAAUGGGAUGGGCCCUGACCACAUCUCAAAUUCAGACCUCUAUGGACCUAGCAGCAGCUUUUUGCUCUCUCUCUCUUUCUCUCUAUCUCUCUCUCUCUUCCUCCCCUCCAUUCACUGUCCCCAUCCUCUACCUCUAAACCUCCACCUUUCUCUCUUUUUGUGGCACUUGUCACAGUCGAUUCAAACUCAGGAAAUAUUCUGAAUGUUCAGUAUAACUCAUGAAAAAAAAACUAAUACAGAACACAGAUUCUGUAUACACAAAAGAUACAUUUUUCUACAGCAGCUAGACUGUAUGUCCAUAUGCAAAAAUGUCUUCUGCAUCAUACGUUUGUAGUGUCUGUGUACCGCAACACUUAAUUUGUACAGACGGUGGUAUCUAGAAACAUUCCGACUUUGCCUUCCACAGCACUGAUACGAAAGUACGACAGACAGACGGACGAAUCAAGGAUGAUUCGGGCCGUCGUGUCGGCCACCUUUUGCAUCAGCAAUACUGUACUAUUUGGAUGUUUUUGAGGAUAAAGUGCUUGCUUGGCAGAAAGUGUAUUGUAAAUACUAUGGAGCAUGGAGACGGUAAUAUUGUACAGGUAGAAAUGUAGAUGGGUUUUUGUUGAUCUGUCUCUUUUUAAUUUUUUUUUUCUCUGGGGUUUGAUCAAGCACCUUUUGUCACAAAGGGAAAAUCUUUGCUGUUUCCUGUCUGAAACGAAUUCCCCAUGACAAUGGGUGCGCUUAAACUCAGGAAACUAGCAUCCUUACACCCAUGCAUCCACACGCAUGCACGGACACACACACUCAUACACACAACACAAACCCCCCCCGCCCUCGUGCAGUGCAGAGCCCCUUGCAUGUUCUUUGGAUGUAAAUGGCGUGGAUGGUUUCGUGUGCAUAGUGACCUCACUUAUUCCCCGGUGAGCUAUUCUUCUUUAAAUGUGAAAUAAGUUUGGAAACCCUAUUUCUUAUCAGUAUUUACAAACGCGGGGCACGGGCCAGUGCGCUUACAGACACCUCUCCGAACAGUUUCAGUGUUAUUUCAAACAAUCCUUUCAGUCACUGGCCACAUAAAGUGAUUUUCCGAGGUAAACCGCUCGGAGGGGAACACAGGAAGUGAUGAUGCGUUCAGUGAAAGGAAGUCACUUUUUCUCUAACCCUCUUUCGGCACUCUUUGACCAUUUAGCACUUCGAACAGGGUCGAUUUCUGUUUCAGUACCCUUAAAAGUCUGAAAUUGGAGCACUUAACACAGACACUUAAAAGUGUCUCUCCAGGCAAAAUAUCCAAUACAUUUUUGUGAUAUUUUCAAGGUUUUCUUCUAAAGAACUUUUUUUGGAAAUUCAUAUGUUUGUUAAAGGGAUAGUUCACCGAUAAAAAAAAACAAUUCUGUCAUAAUUUAUUCACCAAACUUGUAUAAGAUUCUUUGUUCUGCUGAAUACUAUUUUAAAGAAUGUUUGUAACCACACUGCAAAAAAUGAUUUUAGUGAAAAAAUUCUUAGUAUUUUUGUCUUGUUUUCAGUAAAAAUAUCUAAACAUUCUUAAAGUAAGAUGCUUUUUCUUGAUAUGCAAAACGACCUAAGAAAAUGAGUAAAGUUUUUAGACCAAAAAUAUCAAAUUUAAGUGAUUUUGUGCAUAAAACAAGCAAAAAAUCUGCCAAUGGGGUAAGCAAAUUGUUUUUCAAUAUUUCUUGAAUUUUGUGUUUAAGAAAAAAAAAUGUGCUUGUUUUAUGCACAAAAUCACUUAAAUUUGAAAUUUUUGGUUUAAAACUCGACUUAUUUUCUUGGGUUGUUUUGCUCAUCAAGAAAAAGCAUCUUAAUUUUAAAAAAAUGUAGAUUUUUUUACUGAAAACAAGACAAAAAUACUAAGAAUUUUUUUCUUGAAAAUCAUUUUUUGCAGUGUAACCCAGCAGAUCAGGGGCACCACACUGCAAAAAAUGACUUUCUUACUUAGUAUUUUUGUCUUGUUUUCAGUAGAAAUAUCUAAAAAUUCUUAAAUUAAGAUGUUUUUUUCUUGAUGAGCAAAAUGUCUAGUUUUUAGGCAAAAAAUAUACAAUUUAAGUGAAUUUGUGCUUAAAACAAGCAAAAAUAUCUGCCAAAUGGGAUAAAAAAAACUUGAAAUAGGAUUUCUUUUUUCUUAAACACUUAAUUAAAGCAACAUUUUCUCAACCAAUUGGCAGAUAUUUUUGCUUGUUUUAAGCACAAAUUCACUUAAAUAUUUUUUCACUAUAAAUAAAUAAAUAUUCACUUAAGUAUAUUUUUGUUUACAAAAUAGACUUAUUUUCUAUAUAAGAAAAUGUAUCUUGAUUUAAGAAUUUUUAGAUAUUUCUACUGAAAACAAGACAAAAAUGCAAAAACAUUUGCAGUGCACCGACUUCCAUAAUAGGAAAAAAUAAUACUAUGGAAGUUUAUGGUGCCCCACAUCUGUAAUUUUUGUCAAAAUAUCUUUGAUGUUGAGGUGAGUAAAUAAUGACAGGAUUUUCAUUAAUUGGUGAACUGUCUCUUUAAGAAAGAUUCAAUAUUGCCGUAUGAGAGUGUGUUUAAAUCAUAUAUUUAUGGAAGACACUAAAAAGCUAUCUUGAGAAUAUCUGUGAAAAAUCUGAUCUGACAUUUGGAUGGGACAUAAACCCAUUCUUUAAAGUUGUCCUAUAUUUCCCUUGCUUGUACAUUUGUUAGACGAGUAUAUACUAAUCGGAUUGCAUGCUGCCUGUAUAUUUAAUUUAGUUUAGAAUUUCUUUGCCUCGAGAUAAAAACCUUUGAGAAAUGGUUUAAAUCCAGAUGGUUUUAAGAAAACGUGAAGUACCGAUCUCCAAUUAUAAGUAAUGCCACACAGUAUAAUUUUACCAAUGUUUGAGCCCUAAAGUUAUACGUGUGCUUGUGUAUUUGUGACUGCUUGAUGCGUUUCUCAGCCAUACUUACCUUACCCCUCCCUCUAUAGUAUGCAAGGCACAUGUGCACAUAAACACACACAAACACGCACACACAUAAACACAACAUACUGGGUGAAUUGUUCUCUCAUAGGGAUGUAAAAUCUAGAGGUGUUGUGUUGGAUAGUUGUGCUGUCGUUUUCAUUGUGGAUCUGUUUUUUUCUCUCUCUACUUUGCUGUCUUUUACUAAAGAAAUUUAAACUUCUAAAUUGUAAUCAGGUACAAGACUAGAACUAAAGAUUUAUGGGUCCAAGUGGACAUUUGUGCACACAUAUGCAAAUCAUCCCUACAAUGUUUUUUUUAAUGAUUAUCGUAUAAAUAAUGAAUUAUUGUGGAAACGUGAAAAGCAUGAACUUCCACUUGACAAGCACACUGUCAAACACUUGAGAAUCGAUGUCCACCUUUAAGAUCUGAUAUUUAAAAUAUAUUGCGUAAAACGGCAAGCAAUCUUCCUGAGAUUCCUUUGAAAAUCUGCAUUUUGCGUUCGUAGCUAUUUAUGUUUCUCGGAUAAGAAAGUAUUUGUUGUGUUUUAUCCGGGAUAUGGCUGAUUUUCCACGCUUGCACACUUGGCCUUAAGAGUCUGAGGCUGACAUUUGGAUUCGGUCACAUUAUUAUGGUGAAACUCUGACCUGUUAGCCUCUGCUACUAAAAGCUGCAUCAUGUUUGCCUCCACGGUGGCUUCAAGGGUUUAACCCGGUCACUCGGUUACAGAAAGCCUCACAGGUUAAAUAAGCUUACGAUUAGCUAUCCUCUCAACAACACUCCUGCUAGUUUUGGUUGUUUUACAGAGGUUUUAUUUUCGUAUCGGGUUCGUGAUUGCUUUGUAUCUCGUCUCAGGGUGCGUGCCAACAUUUGUUUUUUGUCAUUUUUCAUUUAAUCUGUUUUCUUUUGGUAGCUGGUGAUGAACUCAGCUUUCUGUAUUUGCGUCUUGCAUUUUUGUAUUGUUUGUUUCUUUAAGCAAAUGGAUGGGUAGCUAUGGAUUUUUAUAGUUUUUAAGCUAAGAAUAAUUGAUGGGGAGAAAUAACCAGUUCUGCACAAUUGUCUUGGAUGAAAAACCCAACAAGGGCUAUAGAAAAUCUCCAAAUAAAACCCAGCUAUUUUUGUUGUUGUUUUGUUUCAAUUUGGCUGUUAAAGCUAAUCUCUUAUUAAGCUCUUAAUCUGCAGUUUGCAGUCAGCUAAAAGCAAAAACUAGAAGUAUAAGUUAUGCUGCAGUAAAUGUAUCGAGUACCGAUACUGUAACAGAAAACACCCUUUAGAUGUUUAACAUUGUUUUGAAUGGUUUUAUUUGUUUGUUUGUUUGUUUGUUUGGUUUGUGCUGCUUCUCUGAAAUAUUAACACUGGCGUUCCAAAGGUUCCUCUUUUGACAAAAAAACUUGCCUUUUUCACAAUUUGCUUAACUUUAUAAAAGAUUUGGUAUUCCGACUGAUCACAAAAAGAAGGAUGAAGUCAUUGAGAAACAAAGAAACGAGAGGCAAAAUGUUUACAAAAGAAAAAGGUGUCACAUUUUUAUGAGAAUUUGCCAUGUACAUAGAAAUCGUGAGGCUAAUUUGAAUGGGUAGGUUUAGUAUUGUCUUUAUGUUUUGUAUGUGUUUUUAUUUUUUAAGACAAAAAAGAAAAAUGGUCGUUUGAUUACUAUGCUCCUUUCCUCGAACUGUCUUUUCACCUGACGGCGAUGUUCCAGUGUACAACAAAUACAAAGUGCACCUCCAACUUUGCCUUAGAACUGACAGAGGCCAUAGUUCACAUUCAAGUGAAGUGUGUAUGCAGGGGCGGUGAGCCCCCAUGUUUCGGCUAGCAGAGCUCUCUCUCUCUCUUUCUCUCACUUAUCUACCUGUGAAAUCCUUCAUACCUCUCAUAACUGGUCAAUGACUGUAUCAGCAAACUGCAUCAGGUGUUUUUUCUACAUGCUUUUUACACAGAUUAUAUGGAUUAUUGUAUUGGUAGAUUUUGGUGCAUCAUUUUUAAUGGAAUAGCUCUUUGGCUCGUAGUCACACAAGUUGUUUUUUCUCUCUUUCUCUUAUUCGGACUCGUUUUCUCAUUUUUUCUAGAAGACUGUUUUGUGUUAAUAUUGUCGAUUUGAGGUAGCUGUUUCUUUGCUCAUUCUGUACUAAGAGUUUUUACCUUUAUUUUUCAUUUUGAAAUGCUACAUGACCCUAAUGAAUUUUAAUGACUUAAAAAAAACCAUUGUACAUACAGUAUUGUGCAGAACUCAUUUUCAUGCAUUUCAAUUGCUAGUGUUAUAUAAAUGACAGAUUUUGUCUAGACACCAUUUCUGUUUAUGAAAUAAAGAAACAUAUCAUGUA